AUUCAUGAGCGGAUUUGACGACCAACAAAAUGAAUAAUUUCAUAAGUUCGCUGGUGUUAUAUACACUUCUGAUGAAUCUGUCAAACUCACAAGGCCAAGAAAACACAACCACAAUUUGUUAUAACUCAACUCUUGAAGGUUUCAGGCUGAAUACCACAGUUUGGCAGACUAAGGGCGUUUUGGAAAAGAUAGAUUGCAUAUUAGAAUGUGCCACGAAACCUUGUUGCAGAUCAAUUAACUACAAAAAGACUGAGGAUAAAUCAAACUGCGAAAUGUUGCACUAUGUGGUGAGCGAGAAGCCUAAAAAGCUGGUGGAAAACACAUCCUAUGAUCAUGUUCACCUGGUCAACCCGGAAAAGGAUUUCAAUACCAUGUGCGAAUCUGGAGAAGGUAUCUAA